AUGUCGUCCACAGAAACCGUUGUCACGACCUCCUAUCUCCUCGGGAACCUGCACUGCCCGACUUGUGUCACUUUGAUUCGCUCCCUCUUACACGAUGCCUUUGGCAACAAUGUACUCUGGGUUUCCCCAAAUCUCGUUACAUCCGUUGUUACAGUCGAGCACAAAGAGAACUCCUCGGCUUCGGUUGCCAGCAUGCAAAGGGUACUUCAAGACGCUGGCUUCGAAGUCUGCGGCCUCAACACAACCGCCAGAACUGCGAAUGAUCUCCAUCGCACCUCCCAGGUUGAAGGGGGGAGUAGCCGCGCCGCCGGGCAUUCCGAUGGCUGGUUGGAUUCCUUCUUUCACUUUUGGCGCCCACAAGUAUCACCUCUGGCGAUAGAGGCCGCACGUGCUGCUCACCUCGAAAAUUGUGAAGCAUGUAAAUCCGGGAAAAUCUCCGGGAAGUCAACAUCUGAUGAUAAGAGAGAACUGGUUCGGGUUUCUUCUGUCGUUUCCGAUACCCCUACCAGACGUUCUUCCCUGCCGUAUCCCCUCCAAAAGGUGGUUACAGAAACAUCACCCACUCCAUCAUGGCGAGUUACACUCUCUGUUGGCGGCAUGACAUGUGCUGUUUGUGUCAACACAAUCACGCAGGAGAUGGAGAAGUAUCCCUGGGUUACAAAAGUCGCUGUCAACCUCGUGUCCAACAGCGCAACCAUCGAAUACACAGAUGGUGAUCGAGCACAAGAGAUUGUUGAUGCAGUUGAGGACCUUGGAUACGAUGCUGCAAUCGACGAGGUUGUCAAUCUACAAGAGAAAAGGGUUCAGGCUGAUGAGCGCGAGGUUGAAGUGAGUGUCGACGGCAUAUUUUGCCAGCGAUGCCCAGAGCGAAUCGUCACAACCCUCAAGGCUCUUGCUCCAGGUCGACUUCGAAUCUUCCAGGAGCCUACCAUUCAGAAUCCUAUUCUAAGACUCCGAUAUACACCCGAUGCUCCUAGAUUUACCAUCAGGCAGAUCUUGCAAGCCAUUGAAGCAGCCGACGACUCUCUCAAAGCCUCCAUCUACCAUCCCCCCACACUCGAGGAGCGAUCUCGAAUUAUCAGAGCCAAGCAUCAGAAAGCUCUGUUGUAUCGUGUGAUUCUCACCCUCAUUUUCGCUGUCCCUACCUUUGUUCUGGGCAUAGUUUACAUGAGCCUGCUGCCAAACUCCAACCACGAAAAGAUGUACCUCAUGGCACCUUGGGUUUCCGGACUCAGCCGCCUCGAUAUUAGUCUUUUCGCGCUUGCUACGCCGGUGUACUUCUUCGCCGCUGAUGUGUUUCACGUACGCGCAAUCAAAGAAGUUCGAACCAUGUGGCGAAGGGAAAGUCGUAUGCCCUUAAUUCAGCGCUUUUACAGAUUUGGUAGCAUGAAUAUGCUUGUUUCACUGGGAACAAGCAUAGCCUAUUUCUCCUCAGUCGCACAGAUGAUUGCCGCAGGGGCUUCUCGGAGAGAGCAUCAUAAAUCUAAAGCCGAGAUGUAUUUUGACUCUGUCGUUUUCCUGACGCUGUUCCUUCUCCUAGGAAGGCUCAUCGAGGCGUACAGUAAAUCCAAGACUGGCGAUGCUGUCGAAAUGCUAGGCAAGCUUCGUCCAACGACAGCUCUCCUCUCUGAGAAGGACAAGGCUGGGGGCCAGAUCACUAGCACUGUGCCUGUUGAUCAACUUGACUCUGGAGACAUAAUUCGGGUGCCUCAUGGCGCAUCCCCUGCCGCCGAUGGCAUUCUCGUCAGCGGAGAGACCAACUUUGACGAAUCGAGUCUCACUGGAGAAUCUCGACUCAUCAAGAAGACUGAAGGAGACCAAAUCUUUGCUGGAACAAUCAACAAGGCAGCAGCCGUUACCAUGCGUGUCACGGGCGCUUCUGGGCAAUCGAUGCUAGACCAGAUCGUUCAAAUUGUGCGGGAAGGUCAGACAAAACGAGCACCAAUUGAACAGAUCGCCGACCUUCUGACCGCCUAUUUCGUUCCCGUCAUCACUCUCAUAGCAAUCCUCACCUGGAUCAUCUGGAUGGUUCUUGGCUUUUCAGGCAAGAUCCCAGAACACGAGGAGUCCUCUGAUGGCGAUUUGGUAGUGUUUGCCCUCCAAUUUGCCAUUGCCGUUUUUGUUGUUGCUUGCCCGUGUGGCCUCGCACUUGCAGCACCCACAGCCAUCUUUGUAGGCGGAGGGCUUGCGGCUAAGCACGGUAUUCUUGCCAAAGGUGGUGGUGAAGCGUUUGAGAAGGCGAGCAAGAUUGAUUGCGUCGUUUUUGACAAGACGGGUACUCUGACCGAGGGAGGACAGCCGAAAAUCACCGAUUCUGUACUCUUCCCUGACACUUCGUCAAGUGAAGGGGAACGCAGCGCUUUUCUGUCAGCACUUAAGGCUGUGGAAGAGAGCAGCAGCCAUCCUAUAGCCAAAGCGAUUGUCUCGUUCUGUGGUGACGCUCCGGCUAGUAAUGUUCAGAAUCUCGAGGAAUUAGCUGGAAGGGGUAUGAAGGCCUCAUUUGAGGGCUUUGGCAAUCAAGAGAUGGACAUGAUUAUCGGCAAUGAACUUCUCAUGCGAGAAUUUUCAGUAAACUUGUCACCCCGCAUCACAUCACUUCUCGAUACCUGGAAAUCCGAAGCCAAGUCAAUUGCUAUAAUCGCCACGAAGGCAUCAUCUACCGAUGCCUGGACACUUACGGCAGCGUUGUCCAUCUCGGAUCCGAUCCGUCGUGAGACUAUUCCUGUCAUCCGAGCGUUAAUUUCUCGUGGCCUUGAGGUAUGGAUGUUGUCUGGUGACAACGUCACCACCGCCCGCGCGGUGGCGCAGCGCGUUGGCAUACCGUCAUCUAAUGUCCUGGCUGAGGUUCUCCCAUCGGACAAGGCAGCUAAGAUCUCAUCUCUCCAAGCCUCUCUCCACGCACGCGGCUCAACGACCAAACGCGCUACUAUUGCCAUGGUCGGCGACGGGAUCAACGACUCCCCCGCGCUCACGAUGGCCGAUGUGGGCAUCGCCAUAGGAACGGGAAGCGACGUAGCCAUUAGCAGUGCGGCAUUCGUGCUCGCAACGUCGCAGCUUACGGCUGUAGUCACGCUCUUGGAUCUCAGCCGCGCCGUCUUUGGACGGAUUCGUGUCAACUUUGCAUGGGCGCUUGUGUACAACAUGCUUGCCGUGCCCGUUGCGGCUGGGUGCUUCUAUGCGAUUCAGACAUCAAGUGGAGAACGCGUAAGGCUGGAUCCGGUGUGGGCGGCUCUCGCGAUGGCUCUAUCAAGCAUCAGUGUAGUGUUGAGCAGCCUGAGCCUUCGGACUCGGGUUCCUGGAGUGGGAUUUCGCUCUCGCAAGGUUGACAUGAAAGGGUAG